AAAUUUCAAUUCUUGUUAGUCGUGGAAAAGGAAAUAAAUAAAACGAAGUUAAUUGGGGUCUGAAUUUUCUUCUUGUUUGUAUAUGACUAUCUAAGCAGCCAAAAAAAGAAGUUUCUUUGUGUGAGAGAAUUUUAACACAAGCCAUCUCUCGUUAAGAACAGUUGGGCGUCUAUCAAAUAUUAAGCGACCAUGGUUCAUCCCACCGUCUCAUCCUAAACUUGAGAAGAGCUUCAAUGGCAGAACACCAUCCUUUAGAUAUUCAAAUCAAUUCCCGGCAAGGUACUGCAAUCCACCCUAUAGAGGCGGAUGGCCAGUCGUUACAGGCAUCAGGUUCAGUUGCUUUUUGGGAAGUCAAGCAAUUCAGGAAAUGGAUACCUUGGUUAAUUCCAUCAUUUGUUAUAGCCAAUAUUGUUACGUUCUUUAUCACCAUGUCCGUUAAUAACUGCCCUAAGAAUUCAGUCUCUUGUAUUGCUCGAUUCUUGGGUAGAUUCUCUUUCCAGUCCCUAAAAGAAAAUCCUCUGCUUGGACCUUCAUCUCUAACGCUACGGAGGAUGGGUGCACUAGAAGUUAAUAAAGUUGUUCAUGGAAACCAACUAUGGCGUCUUAUUACUUGUAUAUGGUUACAUGCCGGUGUUUUUCAUUUAUUGGCAAAUAUGUUAAGUCUCUUGGUCAUUGGAAUUCGUCUUGAACAAGAAUUCGGAUUUAUACGGAUAGGUUUGCUAUAUGUUAUAUCUGGAUUUGGUGGGAGUCUGUUGUCUUCACUAUUCAUCCAAUCUAACAUUUCUGUUGGGGCUUCUGGUGCCUUAUUUGGGUUGCUCGGAGGAAUGCUUUCUGAACUCAUCACUAACUGGACGAUAUAUUCUAAUAAGGUUGCAGCUCUUGUUACUCUGUUGGUUAUUAUAGCGAUCAAUUUGGCAGUAGGAAUUCUUCCUCAUGUUGACAAUUUUGCUCAUAUUGGAGGAUUUAUUUCUGGAUUUCUUCUGGGGUUUGUAUUUCUCAUUCGCCCGCAGUUUGGAUGGGUUAGCCAAAGAUAUACUUCUCAAACAAAUUCUUCCUUUGGUGCCAAUCAUAAAUUCAAGAUAUAUCAAUGUGUAUUGUGGAUCAUUUCGCUAAUACUUCUGAUUGCCGGGUUCACCGUUGGUAUGGUUUUACUUAGUCGAGGAUUUGAUGCAAACCGUCAUUGUUCUUGGUGUCAUUAUUUGUCUUGCGUUCCUACUUCAAAAUGGAGCUGUAAUUCAGAACCUACAUACUGUUUGUCACAGCAAGUAGGUAACCAGUUGAAUCUAACAUGCUCAAGCAACGGCAAAUUCAGGACGUAUAUUCUACCAAAUGCUUCAAAUUCAGCGAUACAAGGUUUGUGUUCUAGUCUUUGCAAUUGAUUUAAUGUAAACUAGAUCACUCGAGAUUUGAGAAAAUCACCCUUUGUUGGACAUGUUUCAUUGCGAAAUAUGCUUCUCUUCUUACUUCUUUUUGUAUAUGAUAUGUUUUUUUACCCCAAAACUCUUACCUAAGUCACAGCCAUGGAGUUAUUUCAUCA